AUGGAGUGGACGAAGUUGGAACGCGCUUUCGCUGUUGAGGCAUUUUUUUUUUCAAGCGGUCGCUCAAUCGUCGCAACGCAACGUGCAUUCCGUAGACAUUUCAAUAUCCCCCCUCCCCCGUGGUCGUGUUCCUGGCCAGCAGUCGAUUGUUUCAUGGGUAAACAACUUCAGGGUCGGAUAUGUUGGGCUUUCGCCUUCCAAAAAGAUGUAUUCUUCGGAGAGCUAGAAGCCGGCAUCUGCCCAAAUGGAGGCCAAAAGAAACGAUUUCAUGACUACCUUAAGCAACCUCGCAAUGGAUCGGAUCCGCUGGCGAUCUCUUUACGUCGCCGGAGUGGCGCACUUCGAGUAGGAGAGACGAGGAGGGCACGAGAGAAGGCGACGCCAGCGACAUCCUCACUCUGCCAAUUCUGUACCGGGAAUUUUUCCUUGCCACCUGUGUCCGAGAGCUUGUCGUUCGCGGAUCGGGCUGCUAUCUCAUUUGCCAGCCCAGAGAAGACUGACGGAGAUGGAAGGACAGCAUCAUCGUCAUUCGUUAUCAUCUAUCUAUCUAUCUAUCUAUCUAUCUAUCUAUCUAUCUAUCUAUGUUUAAUCGUUAACAUUAUUUCAUCCAGAUGA